CCUGGACCCAUGGACCCUCCAUUAUCAAGGAGAACGAACUUCGAGAGGUGGCCGGUCUCCUGGGCAAGGGCUUCCGGGUCCACCACCCUGAUACCGUUGGGGGAUCAGUUUAUCCUACAAUCCAAACCCCCAAAAAUAUAUGGUCAUGCAGUACCACUCCGUGGAAAAUGGGUUUAGGUUGCCCCUCCACGGUCUGCUUCGCGACCUCUGCCUCCAUUUCGGAUUUGCUCCGGGUCAAUUGACUGCCAACGCGCACAAGUAUGUCGCGUCCUACAUCUUGCGGUGCUGUGCCCUGGGCAGAACCCCAAAAUUGGAUGAAUUCCUUCUCCUCUUCAGUAUCGGUGGUUUCCCCUUCUACAGCCUAUAUCCCCACAACCAUUUCCCAAUUUUUGAGAAGGUUGAGUUCAAGCAUGAAAAAUGGUCACUGAGAUACUUCGUUAUUGAGUUCCCGACUCACAGCCCCCUUGAUCUACCGGGUGUUGUCCUCCGCCGUUCCAUUUCCCGGACGAAAUUUGCUGCAGCAGAAUUAGCGGAGGGAGUGUACAACGCCUUGAGAGAAAAAGAAGGCGUGCCUUCUCCUGAGAAAUCGAAGGCUCCUUCUUCUGCAGAGUCCGACCCGGCUAUGAGCUCCUCCGGGGACCAAUUCCAAGGCAACUUCACUACCCUAGCUAUUCGCAAGCCGGCUGCUGCCCUAGAGGUUACUCCCAUCUCUGCCAUCCCCAGGCUUAGGAGGCCCACUCCGUCCCAGAAACGGCCAAGGGAGGGAGUCAGUGAUGAUGAUUUCCUGCCUAAGAAGAAUAAGGGUGAUAGUACCUCUGUUUCGCCUAGCCCCCUGUCAACUUCUUCUGGCCCUCAGAACACCACUUCUGUUGCUGCACCCGGAAGUUUAGAGCUGGAGCUACCCAACCCAGAGAGCUUGGACCAUGAAGCAGAUGAACUCCUAGACCAAGCACCACUCAGAAAACCAGCGGUGCCGCCUCAGCCUGAUGCAAACAAUCCCCUCCCUCAAACUGCAUAUGCUCCCCAAGAACUGGAGGAAGAAGUUGAGGAGCAGGAAGAACCAGAGUCUCCUCCUGCAGCAGAGAAGGAGAUCAAAAUGCAGGAAGAGCUGGACGCCCCCUCCUCGGUGGAGGAAGAAGCUGUAGAGCAAAAAGAUGUUGAGGUUCCACCAGAGACGGGGAGAGAGACUGAGACGCAGCAGAAUCAGGAGGAGCAGCGGGAACCGGAGGAACGACAUCCCGCCACCGCACCUUCGGCCGUCAGUCUCCCCAUCCGGCGCAAGUUCACGCCACAAACUUAUCCUGUUUUUGCAGAGGGUUGGGCAGGCUUCUCCCGUGGUUUGAGGUCCUUACAGGCUUCCCAUUGGACUAUCCAGGCAAACUUGGAGAAGAUGAGGGAAUCAGUGCAGGAGCCUGCGAUUCCCCAGGCUCGCCCCGACUUGCUUGCCCUCAAUGCUCUGCACUUCAUGGAGCAGCAAUCACUCCUCACUUUGACUGAGGAGUACCUGGGUGGAGCAUCAGGGAACUAUCGGGCUGUAGUGCUCCUGAAGGAGAAGGAAUUGGCUGCCAAGGCUUUACAACAGAAGGUUGACUCCCUGGAACAACAAGUCCAGGUCCUACAGGAAGAGAAUACCCGACUCAAGGCAGAUGGCUCAACGGAACUAGCAGCUGAAAGGUCCAGGGUCCAAUCCUUACAAGAGCAGAUUGUUAUCUACCAAAAAGGAACCCAGGACCUAGAAGCGCAGUUUGACAGGCUCCGGGCACAAAUCUCCAUCCUGGAAUCAAGGGCCUCAGCUUCAGAAGACAAAGUGGGAAAUCUGGAAGCCAGAUUGGUUGAAAAAGAGUCCCGGAUCUUUGAGCUGGAGAAUUCCCUCCAAGAGGCCAAGCAUGAGGGUUCCCGUUUUAACGAAUUCACACUGAAACAGAUGGAAGCAAAACGGCUUACCCUCGAGAAACUAAAGGAAGAGAGACAGACUGCAAGCGAGCUCCGGUCAAAGAUGGGUGAACUGGAGAAGACAAUUGCCGCCCAUCAAGAGGAGGUUGCAACCCUGACUGCCCGUGCUGAAUCCCUUUAUGAAGAAGGGAAAUUUGACAUGCAACAAUGCAUCUACGAGGCAGUCCAGAGUGGGAGGAGAAUCAUCCUCAUCUUCCCCAACAGGAACCAGGGGGUAUUUGCCCGGGUUCCGGCAUGCUUCCAAACGAGGCCAGGACGGAAGUUUCUUCCGGCUGUCCUGGCACAUCUCGUCCGCAGAAAAGACGCAAUCCUCAUUCAGGAGCUUCCCGGUUGGUCUCUGGAGCGAGGCCUUCCUCCCAGGGUUCUCCCUCCCCUCAGCAGUCCUGCUAGUCCAUCCCUUUCUGACUUCUUCGCCAUGGCAAGUAAGUCUGAGAGUAAAGUCAUCAUCGACUUAACCCUCUCCGGGACAUCUUCUUCUUCGGAUGAUGAUUUCUCCGUCUCUCCAGCCCAAUCCAACGACAUGGCUGGGUUGAGUCCUAGCGAGUUCUUAACACUCUAUCCGGCCCCUCGCCUUCCUGCACCGUCCCCUCCUAGUCCACCCAGGCUUCCAUCUAGGAGGAUAGACUGGGACUCUAUGACCCUCCAAGACUUCGCCUUGUACCGGAGAAUGUGCAGGGAUAAACUCGGACGCUCUUUGCCAAUUGUCGAGGCGGAACCUUCAUGUGAAAGCCGAACUGCUUCCCCAAACCUGCUGAAGUCUUCCAACAAUGGUUCUUCAUUGAAGGGAGCAGCUCCCCGUCCUGGGACAUGGGAAGACUAUGACAUAUGGGAAACUGCUGAUUCAUCAACGUGUCCCUCGUCAAAGAGAAGGAGCCCAUGGAAGGGUCCCCCACCUCCUUCUUGUUGAAUGCAUGGAUGCAAUAGGCCCUCCUUCAGUUCCUAGCCCCCUGCAAAUAAAAUUUCUUUUCUUUG